CAUUUAUACUUCAGUCGGUCAGUAGCCGUGGUUAAGUUUGGUGUGUUAGCGCUACUGUAAAUUAGAAUAGCUACAACUGCUACGUGUGUUAGCAGACAUGGCUGGAAGGUUUAGCGAGGUAUCUCAAGCGGCAGCUAUUGAAGUAUUUGCUGUAGUAAAAGCUUUCAAUGAUGAUGCGCAUGAAAAGAAAGUCAACCUUAGUAUUGGUGCUUACCGAACUGAUGACAGCAAGCCGUGGGUGCUGCCUGUUGUGAGGGAGACUGAGACUGCGAUGGCCGCAGACACGAGCCUCAACCAUGAGUACCUGCCCAUUCUUGGGCUGGAAAGCUUCUCAACUGCUGCUACAAAAAUGGUGCUGGGAGAAAACAGUGCCGUUUUGAAGGAGGGAAGGGCUACAGGAAUUCAAACGCUGUCAGGCACCGGUGCUCUGCGAGUAGCUGCCGACACCCUCAAGCAUGUGCUCAAGUACAACUCCUUCUAUUUCAGCAACCCAACUUGGGGAAAUCACAAGAUGAUUUUCGAGCAUGCUGGCUUCACCGAAACCCACCAGUAUAGGUAUUGGGACGCUGCUAACCGUGGCCUUGACAUCAAUGGCAUGCUGGAAGACCUUAAUGCUGCUUCUGCCAACUCCGUCAUCAUCCUGCACGCAUGUGCCCACAACCCCACUGGUGUUGACCCGACGCAGGAACAAUGGAAGCAGAUUGCUGACGUGAUCGAAGCCAAGUCGCUGUUCCCGAUUUUUGAUACAGCUUACCAAGGCUUUGCUUCAGGGGACCUAGAUAAAGAUGCGUGGGCUGUGCGUUAUUUUGCAGACCGUGGCUUCGAGUUGAUGGUCACCCAGAGCUUUGCCAAGAACUUUGGCCUCUACAACGAGCGCGUGGGCAACCUGGCGGUGGUUGUGAAGGAUGCGUCCGUCAUCCCUGCCCUCAGGUCGCAGGUGACGCUGCUGGUGCGAGGCAGCUACUCGAACCCUCCCAACCACGGAGCGCGAGUCGUUUCUACCGUUCUCAACAACCCCAAGCUCUUUGAAGAAUGGCGCACGUGCAUCCGCACGAUGAGCUCCCGCAUCCAGGAGAUGCGCGCGGGAUUGCGUGAGCGUCUCGAGAAGCUCGGCACGCCGGGCCUCUGGGACCACAUCACGUCCCAGAUCGGCAUGUUCUCAUACUCCGGCCUCUCAGCUGGCCAAGUGAAAUUCAUCGCUGAGAAAUACCACAUCUACAUGCUGUCGAGCGGCCGUAUCAACAUCUGCGGUCUAACCACCAAGAACAUCGACUACGUGGCAGAAGCUAUCAAUGACGCUGUCCUUAACGGCCCCAAGUAAACACGCGUCAUCAGAAGAGUCCACGACAAGCCAAAUGUGCAUCGCAUACGCAUGAAAACUUGUUCUUAGUUCUGUGUUUCACAUUUACCACGUUUUUGUGUUCUUUUGAUUGCAUGCUUGUCUUGUUCAUAGCUUAUCUUGGUCCAAAAGCAUUAUUGCAUUACUUGAAAGGUCUUAGCUUGGUUCACAUUAUACGAACAAGCAAUGUUCCUCUUACGGCUUCUUUAACUCUCGCAGUUGAGAUUGCAUACGGCGCGUCGAGUGUUAUGGUGCCGAGUGAUUCGUUGAGCUCAUCCGACAUAUUCGUCAGAAGUCAUGCAAAAUAUUGUGUACAAUGACCGGUCUUAUCUUGCUAGUUCAUGAAGCAAUGAAUAUGACCGCUGGAGUGAAAGAAAUUCAACGAGAUUAAUAGUAAUUGGGCAUUGGUAGCUCUGCCAGGCAGGUACGCAUAUUCAUUUAUUUGCCGCUUUUCACAAUUAUGCGCAUUUAAUUGUAAUUCGUAAGGCAAUGUCGCCCGUAUGCAGAAAAAUAUAUAUUGAUUUUAAAUUCCAA